AUGUCUCUCACAUCGUCGCCCCAGCAAAACAUCUCAGCGCUGCUGGGGCGGCGUCAAGUCGCGACCAUACCGAAGGACCAGCAAAAGAUUCUAGAAAAGGACGGUUCAUGGGCCGUGGAGGAGAAUCAGCGUCAGGGCGUGCCUCAAGUGCCUAGCCAUGUGUUGGAGACUAUCACGGAGGCCUAUUUAUUGAGGAGGAAGCGUGAGCCGCAGGAUGCGAAAAAUCUCACUGAGACUGCACUGGCCAGUGUGGUCAAAGACGAUGUGAUUCCAGAGGAAGGGACUAGUGAUAGGAAGCCGCAGGAACAAGUCGACAGUGAACGACAUGGAAGCGAUGAAGAAAAGGAAGAUUCACCACCAUCUUCGCCGGCCAUUUCAUGGGAAGAAUCGCCACCACGGGACCACCCAGCCCCUAAAUUUACGCCAGCACCACCGAUUGAGUCACAAGCUGUUGAGGAAACUCCCAUGAUGAAUCCGAGAAAUGAAGGCCAAAUAUCCCAUCCGUUAGACUUUCAUGCUCACGUUCGUGAAGACGACGACGAAGACGAAGAUGAAAUGGACACGGAACUUCCUCAAGCCAACGAGCAAACCGAUGCAAGAGUCAACCUGGAACCAGCCCGAGCACAACCCACAUCCACGCCCGCCAUGGACAUGCAUUCACAGAGUAUGCAGAUUGAAACUCCGCCAUGUGCCCAACCAAAUCAAAACAUCAUCCCCGCCACCGUCAACAUCCAAAAACCUGCAGACGAAAAGCCGGAAGACGGACAAAAACGUCAGCGAUUCAAACCAAUCCGCUUCGAAGGCACCACGCCCGUCAAGCCCGCCAGCGCAUCAACAUCAUUCACACGCCUCCCAAACACACUACACAUAACAGAAGUCGACAGUUCGCUCUCCACGUCAUCCAGCUCCCUCAUCCCCGCUACAUGCGCAAUAGCAUCCACACAAAACACAGCCAUAGCUCACAUCCCCCAAGAGUCACGCGCAGAAACACACAUCACCAUAGUAGAAUCUCAGCCUGCGUCCAUCCACAGGGAAAUAUCUCCUCCCGACACUUCCAACCCAUACACGCUCUUCAUAACCGUAUACCCUGAUUACAAGUCGAACAAUGGUACCCUCAAAAAUUUCAUCAAAGCCUGUUUAUGUCUGGAGUACCUCGAGUCGGAGCGCGCCCUCCGCGAGUGUCUCUACGACGACUUCAUCCGCGCUUUUGCGGCGGGAUAUCUGAAGUAUGUACUGUCCGCUGGGGAAGGACAGGAACCAUUACCGGCGAUUGAGUGGUUCAACAUGCUUGAGGGACAGCCGGAGUAUACUCUAAUGGUGAUUACGAGGGAGAAUUUGCGGACCGUGCUGGGAAUGUUUCCAGAGGAAGUUGCCAAGGCGCGGCGGUAUAUAUCUCAUGAGGCCAAGGACAAGGCUGUGGAAACAAAGAAAAGGAACAGGACGGAGGAUAGAAUGGAUAUUGAUGUUCAGACGCCGGAUAUGUCGCCCCCUGGCCCUGCGAGAUCAAGACGGCGACACUCACCGCAGUUGGGUUCAGAUGCGCCCGUUCAUCCACCAGUACCAGCAUCAUCUUCCAGAUCAAGAGGAGCAAGGGCAUCCCAGUAUUUUGAGAGAAUGGCGUCGUUUGGGAAAAGCAGUACGGUGAGGAAGAGGUCUGCCGAGGAGCAAGCCCGUCUGCGAGAGCACUUUCUUAGGAGGAAGACUGGCAGUGGUCUCGGCUCAGGGAGUCGGCACGGUUCGACGUAG